GGGACUGCUGCGGGUAAAUCGGCACGGCGCACCAAGUCCUCGUGCUCCCUACACAGCAAGCCCGGGAUACGGUAGCUCGUCCUUCACCGUUACUCCUCAUCGACGCCCGCGGGCAAUGUGCCCACCCGCCGGCAGAGCAACGGGUGGACAAGGCGUACGAUGCUUAGGGAUGCUUGGUCGAACGACGGUGGGAAAGGCUGGUGGCGAUGGUGGUCUAGGUUGGGCGGAUUGCUGGCGAUGGCGACGGCCAUUUCCUGUCUUGUUGCCCCGUUUCCGGGUGCCUCGGCCAAUUCGGAAGCGAAGCGUCUCUACGACGACCUGCUGUCCAACUACAACCGCCUCAUCCGCCCCGUUGGCAACAACAGCGAUCGCCUCACUGUCAAAAUGGGACUGCGCCUCUCCCAGCUCAUCGACGUUAACCUGAAGAACCAGAUCAUGACGACGAACGUUUGGGUGGAACAAGAGUGGAACGAUUACAAGCUGAAGUGGAACCCGGAUGAUUAUGGCGGUGUCGACACCCUCCACGUGCCGUCGGAGCAUAUAUGGUUGCCGGACAUUGUUCUUUACAACAACGCCGAUGGCAACUACGAGGUGACCAUUAUGACCAAGGCAAUUUUGCACCAUACGGGGAAGGUCGUGUGGAAACCGCCGGCCAUCUAUAAAUCAUUUUGCGAGAUCGACGUGGAGUACUUCCCCUUUGACGAGCAGACUUGCUUCAUGAAGUUUGGUUCGUGGACUUACGACGGGUACACGGUCGACUUGCGACACCUUGCCCAGACCGAAGACUCGAACCAAAUCGAGGUCGGGAUCGACCUGACCGACUACUACAUUUCCGUCGAGUGGGACAUCAUAAAAGUGCCUGCCGUGAGGAACGAGGCGUUCUACAUAUGCUGCGAGGAGCCCUACCCCGAUAUCGUGUUCAAUAUCACCCUACGCCGCAAGACCCUCUUCUACACGGUGAACCUGAUCAUACCGUGCGUGGGCAUAUCUUUUCUCUCGGUGCUGGUGUUCUACCUGCCGAGCGACAGCGGGGAGAAGGUCUCGCUCUCGAUCUCGAUCCUGCUGUCGUUGACGGUGUUCUUCCUACUGCUCGCCGAGAUAAUACCGCCCACGUCGUUAACGGUGCCGUUGCUCGGCAAGUACCUACUGUUCACCAUGGUGCUGGUCACCCUUUCCGUGGUGGUGACGAUAGCCGUGUUGAACGUGAACUUUCGCUCGCCCGUCACCCACCGUAUGGCGAGGUGGGUGAGGGUGGUGUUCAUACAAGUGUUGCCGCGGUUCCUUCUCAUCGAGAGGCCGAAGAAGGACGAGGAGGAGGAGGAGGAGGAGGAGGUGGUGGUGGUGGGGAGGAACGGGGGCGGCGUUGGCGCGAUGAACGCCAACGGGGAGGCGGUCGGCGAGGGGGACGAGGACGACGACGACGGGGACGACGACGACGACGACGUGGAGGCGGCCAACGGGAAACCGGCCGAGGGCAUGCUCACCGAUGUGUUCCAUGUACAAGAGACUGACAAGUACGACGCGUACUACGGCAACAGGUUCAGCGGGGAGUACGAGAUACCUGCCCACGGUCUGCCACCGUCGGCGACCAGAUACGACCUUGGCGCGGUGGCCACCGUGGGCACGACCGUAGCGCCCUGCUUCGAGGAGCCCCUACCCUCGCUCCCACUGCCGGGGGCUGACGACGACCUCUUCGGCCCGGCCAGCCCCGCAUACGUUCACGAGGACGUCAGCCCCACAUUCGAGAAGCCGUUGGUUCGCGAGAUCGAGAAGACCAUCGACGAUGCCAGGUUUAUCGCUCAGCAUGCCAAGAACAAGGACAAGUUCGAGAGCGUGGAGGAGGACUGGAAAUACGUGGCGAUGGUGCUCGACCGGAUCUUCCUCUGGAUAUUCACGGUGGCCUGCGUGCUCGGCACGGUGUUGAUCAUUCUCCAGGCGCCGAGCCUCUACGACACCACGAAGCCGAUCGACAUCAAGUACAGCAAGAUCGCGAAGAAGAAGAUGAUGCUGAUGAACAUGGGUCCCGAGGAGGACUAGUCGACGAUCCCGCGCGGCCCCGCGCCGCGUCCACAGCGGCAGCUGCUUCGUCGUCGUCGUCGCAGUCGUCAUCGCGACUAUUGUUGCCGGCAUCGUCGUCGCCGUCGUCGUCGCCGUCGUCGUCGUCGUCGUCGUCGUCGCUGUCGUCGUCGCCGUUGUCGCCGUUCUCGUCAUCAUCCUCGCCGCUGCCGCCGCCGCCGCCGCCGCUGUCACCAUAAUCGUGGUCGUUGUCGUGGCCGUUGUCGUACAACGGCCGCCGCCCAUCAUCCAAACUGCCGAUUUUCGCGUCGACGCGCAACAGGACCCUCUCUCGAUCGCUGCCGCCAGAGAUGAUAGGAGGAACACGGCCAGGAAACAAUAUUGCUACGCAACGGGCGACAGCAGGAUUCCACGAGGAGGUGGCGUCGAUCUUUCCCUCUCCGAACUUGCGAGCACGGGGAUCUUGUCCUAUGGAUUUCGAUCCUCAAACUGUUUCGAGACUUGGAGACGUUGAGUGUUGAGUAUUGAGAAGGGGAGGGAAGGCGAGAGAGAGAGAGAGAGAGAGAGAGAGAGAGAGAGAGAGAGAGAGAGAGAGAAUGAAUGGACGAACGAGUGAUGGGGAAGGAGAGGAGUAAGUAGAGGAGAGGAGUAAAGUAGAGAGGAUGAGGGUGAGCGAAUGAGGGGUUAGCCGAGAUUGUCGAGGGAGAAAUGAGGAGAGGGGAGGGGAGGGGAGGGCAAGAGAGGGGAGAAAAAGUGCCAAAUACGCGAAACACACGCGCAACGUAUUUUUGUAAAUCUGGUUUCAUACGUAAGGCUAGAGUCGUGCGGCGAGACGUCGAACUGCCCGAACUGCCGAUUUUAUAUAAGAAGACGUUUAAGAGACACACACACACACACACGUACACGCAUACAUAUACAAACACGCGCAAGGCAUACAUUACUUAACACACUUAACACACGUAUAUAUAUAUAUAUUUAUAUAUACACGCACGCAGAUAUAUAAUAUACUCGUACACACACAUUACGGAGGAGAUCGGUUACGAGAGGGACGAUUUAUUCCUUAUCACGCAUCUGAGAAUCCAUGCGCAUCUACACGCGCAUAUACAAGUAUAAAACACAUUUUUGGGUAAACAUUUGCGCAGAGGACCGCACGUUACAAUUUAUACGUGGUGAGAAGGGUUGAAACGAAGAAUGGGGGGGGUGGGCGAGAGGAAAGAAGAAGAAGAAGAAGAAGAAGAAGUGGAGAAGUGAAAAGGAAAAGAAAAAGGAAAGAAGAAAAGGACGAAAAAGCGGAGAAUGCAUCGCGAGAGAAGAUGACACGCGUGUAUCUGUAGACACGCGCUGCUACUAUCUGUCAACGUGCGUAGAUAUACUCGACCGACGAUCUCACACAACGUACGAGCACACACAACGCGAUAUAUUCAUCCCCAUAUUCUCGACACAUCGUAUAAUCACGGGGGUGCGCCGCGCUCGCGCGGGCACGACACACGCCGACACGCACAACCGAGCACACCAACAUACGAGCUUGGAACCAAAAGGGGAGAGGGGAGGGGAGUCUCGCACGGAGCGCACGACGAAGGAGGAGAAUUAUCAACGAAGGAACGAAGAAGAAUGGGAUAGCCGCGAGUCGGUGCCAGGAAACGAUGCGCGCUGCUCGAGGGGGGACACGAAGGAAGGUAAAGAAAGAGGAGGGGAAACAUCGAAACUGAAAAUUUCCCUUUCUUCUCCUUUCUUUUUUUUUUUACCGCGGUUUUUUUCCCUCUUUCGACGACUUCUUAUCAUUUCUCGUCCAACCAAGUAUACGUUCUCGUUCGUGACCCAGGCAACCGUUCCCCUCCCACCCGUCAAUUAAUCCCGUUGCAUAAAUUCCUACAGGUGAAUCGACAGAUGGACACGCUUCAACGCGUGUGAGCGAACGUUGCCCAACGAGCAGUUUAACAGCGAGCACGCGUUUAUCUGGCAGCCAAUCGUAUCGAGGGGAUGUAUAUCCUUCUUCGUCGUGCGUGUUUCCAAAGAAAUAUACCGAAGAGAGAGAGAAAGAGAAAAAGAGAGAGAGAGAGAAAGUGUGUGUGUGUGAAAGAGAGAGAGAAAGAGAGACAGAGAAAGGAGAGGAUCGCGAGCGGAGAAGCUCGCAAACAACUGCCAACUUUAGGAGCAACGGCCUCUUGAGAGAUCCGAUCGGUUCUCAGGGGGAGGAAGUUGGAGGAGGGGUGGUUAUCGAUAAGUUUGAAGAAUGGAAACAGCAGGGACAAAGGGGAGGAGGGGAUGUGAAUGUUGUUUGGCAGGAAGAUUCGACGUACCAGGGCGCGGCGCUGUCAGCGUGUUUCUCCUCUUCCCGGGUGAGGACCAAUCGAGAUUCGUCCAAAAACGUCACCGUUUUUUCUAUCCUCUGUCCUAUCUGUCUAUAAUUCGCCGCGUGAUGGACGAAAUCCGUGGCGAUCUCUCCUCGUUGGAACGUUGGAAAAUGGCGAAUUUUCUCCCGACAGUUGCGCGUCUUCCCUCGACGAGGGAGAUUCUAUCUGACGAAAGAGACAGAGAGAGGGAAGGAGGGUACCGCGACCAAUCGAUCAUCUUCGAUCCAUCCGUGAUUCCAUCGAUUGCGUUUGAGUCUUUGCCUCUUUCGUUUUUCAUUAUAACUUCGAACCAAUUCUCAAAGUUUAUUCUCUUUAUUCCACGAUUUUGUUUCAUUUAUACCUCGAUCUCGGUCGAGGAGAAGGGAGAAAGUCGAAGGAAGGAAGAUAAGGUGACGGGGGAGGGAAGGAUCAUCGACUGUUUAUUCUUCGCCUGCGAUUUCGCCGCGCUAAAGUGGGCGGAAGUCGCGAGCCAUUUCGAAUCAAGAGGAAUACGAGGGGGAUAGAGGAAGAACAAUGAGAACGGGUUCAAAGAGCAAACACGGUGUUCCCCAGCUGUGCGUUCCAACGACGACGAGAUUAUCGGAUGUUAUUCGAAAGUGGGCGCACUGGUACGCCGAAAAUCCUAUUAUUCCUGUUUCGAAGGGGCGACACGCGUCUCGUCUCCCGUUGAGAUUCGCGAAAUCGAGAUUCCCUCGCUUCUGGGAACGCGCGAUAGGAUCCUCAAUGGCCCAAAAUGGAUAACACACAAAUCACGAAAGCUUCGAGACGUUGGAAACUCGUCGAUGCCGGUGCACGGUAAACCGUUGUUUCUCUCGCGCCACAGAGAGAGAGAAAGGGGGGAGGGGGAACACCUCGUUUCGAUACGAGCCAUGCCUUGGUAUACACACACAAUGAUUUCUUCGCGAAUCCUUCGUGCUACGUCCUCGAGCGAAUCGUUCCAACGUUCUCGAAAAAUGCUUUCCUCCACCAGUCUUUCAAGGUACCCGAGAACUUCCGGGAAAAGAAAAGAGAAAGGGAGGGAGAGAAAAAGAAAAAGAAAAAGAAAAAAAAAAAAAGAAAGGACAAACCUCAAAGUUCUACGAACUCACGCUUAAGCCAUUCAGUCUUUCAAAAGCAUCGACCAUUCUCCGGUUCGAACGCGACGCUCAAAGCGUGCUCGAUUCGAACGUUUAUCGAUCGAAAGGAUGAUCCACCGUCGAACGCCCAUCGUUCGGCCACGUGUACCAAAAAAAAAAAAAAAAAAAGGAGCGGAGAUAGAGAAAGAGAGAGAAAGAGUGAGAGAGAGAGAAUGAGAGAGAGUGAGAGUGAGAGAAAGAGAGAGAAAGAGAGAGAGAGGGAGCAAGGGAGCAAUAUACAGUGCGGAGCAAAGGAAAACGAGACACGAAGCUCAUUGGGUGGGCCGGCGAGCGCGUUGAACGCGCACACUCGUGCAUGCAUACACACACAGAGAGACAUUGUUUGUACACUGACAGUGAAAAUACGAAGGAGACGAAGGAGGAGUGGAGGCGGGAGAGGCUAACAGCACGGCCGCUCCCUCCAUCCGCGAACCGGUAUAUAAUAAUCAAUUUAUUUGCUCACGUAAAGGUAACGGUAUAAUAUAUAUUUAAUAUGUGCAUAUUAGGUAAUAAAUAAACAGGAGGUUAAUCACACGAAAUAAUAAUAAUAAUAAUAAUAAUAAUAAUAAUAUUAAUAAUAAUAAUAAUAUUAAUAAUAAUAACAUUAAUAAUAAUAAUAAUAAUAAAAAUAAAAAUAAAAGAAAGAACUAAACGUAACCCGAGAACGAUUGACUCGGGCAGCCCGUGGGGGCCGUGGUGAUGGUGGUAGUGGUGGUGACGGUGGUGGUGAUGGUGAUGGUGAUGGUUGAUAAUGGUGGUAGCAGUAUGGGACGUACCGUGUUGAACGCCGAUCCGAUGGACAAAUGGGAUGGAACGAACGCGAGUGUCUGUAGGAAAUGCAGGGGAGGGGAGGGGGAUGAUGCUUCGACUCGCCGAUCGAGUUGUUACGAGGAGUGUCGUACGAGGUGGAGGGGGAGCGGAACGCGAGAGAAACGCGAUUUCGCGACACCGUUGCGAGGAUUAACUUUCCUUCUGGAGCACAACUUCUGUCUUUCUGAAAGUUUUUUGGUAAACUGCCAAUAUUUAUGAUUUAUCGCGGAGGGACGGUUAUCGCUCCUUGUUGGGGAGAGAUGGGGCGAUAUCUUGGAUAUCGGAACAUUUUCAAGAUUCAGAGAUCUGCGGAACUUUCGUCAACUUUAUCGAUCGAAUUUGUUAAUUUCUUUGCUCGACGCUGGAGAGAAUGGAAAUAUUUUUCCCUCGUCUUUCGCGGAACCACCCUUUCCCCGAGUUUCGGCAAUUCGACGCGUUGCAUCCGCCCUUUCUUCUUUGUUCCCGCUGUGCGUUAUUAAUUUACGACUCGGCUUAUUGCUCAGAACUUUACUGGAACGCAGGCGUGCUACGUUAUUGCGCGACGCGUCACGCGGCAAUGUACGAUGGGUGUUGCGUCGAAUGGGGAGGGGGGGGAUUAAACUCGUGGGAUUCUCUUUCGAAGGCCAGAACGAACGUCAUAACGAAACGAGACGAAAAAUCGGCUCGAAUUUCCGAUCUCUCUUCUAAUUUCCUCGAAAAUAAAAUUCGACAUUCGAUUACGCGGAUCGAUCGAUUGAUUUCUCUCCGCCCUGUCGAUUGCGAAACAAUGCUUGUCAAUUGCGUUGCACGAAUCAAGUAUAUUUCGAGCUAAUGGAAAAAGAUCGUUAUAAUCGCGAGGUCGCGUUACAUUCGUUUCGUGAUGUUCGAAAUAAUUUUACCUCGGGAACGUAAUUAACGUAUUAAUUUAUGUUGAUUAUCGCAAAGCGGAUUAACUAAACGGGGGAGGGCGAAGGUUUUUAACCGGUGAAAUUUCGAGAUUCGUUCGUUUGCACUGUUUAAUAUCCGGAUUCGGGUUUCAAUUUUUCACGAAAUAAAAGAAAGAAAGAAAGAGGAAAAGCGGGGGAGGGGGGGAUAAAAUAAAAUGAAAUGGGCAAAAAGGAAGGAAAAGGAAGGGAGGGUGUAAAAAAACGCAACGUAAUGCGUGGAAAAGUUAAUCGACACAACGUGUAGCGGAUUGCAGAAACGCGGGAACGAGUAAUUUGAACAAUAAUAAAAACAAUGGCGGAACGACGGCCAUUGUUUCAUCGCUUCCCCUCCCCGUAUCAUCCCAUCAUGCCUCGUCGACAACAAUAAUUGAUACGAUUAGAGCGUUAAGCAUGAGAGAGAGAGAGAGAGACGUGAAAUAAAAAAAAAACAAAAGAAAAGAAAAGAAAAGAAGAAGAAGAAGAACAACGGAUAACAGAAGAAUUAAAUUAAGUUAUUUGGAGGAAAAAGGAACAAGGAAGAAUAAGAAACGAAAUAAAGAAACGAAAACGGUUUCAGGAAAUUUUACGCUGUAACGAUAAAAAAAAAAAAAAAAGAAAAGAAAAUGAUAACCGUUGUCUCGUUAAACGUUACGUUAAGUUGAUAUCCGUUGAUAAUAAAUCCAUGACAAUGAAACGUAAGAAUACAGGGAGGGAGAGGGGGUUGGAGGGAAAAGAAUAAGAGAAAGAAAUAGAAGGAAGAGAUCGAACGACGAAAGAGAGAGGGGGAUUGAUCGGUCGUCGUCGAUUCGAUCCACCCUCGGUGUUCCCCUUUUUUUUACGAUCGUAUCGAUCGACGACGUAUCGGCUUGAAAAAGAAUCUCGGGCACGAGCACGAGAUUAGGUUUAAAUCGUGUACAUUGUUAACGAUAACGAUAACAACGUAACAAGCGUAACCGUACCGUUGUCGUUUUAGCCACGUCGUAAAUCGGGCAUCGUUGCGAUCCACUGAUCCGAGGGGUUGUUUGAUCGAAGGGCCCGGCGUUUAUAUUAAUGCGCGUGUGCGCUAAUGUGGGAAUCGGAGCCUCGUAACGUUGUCGUGCCUGUUCGUCCCUAUUAAUAACAUUCACCCUGUAAAAAUCGUCGAAUUCCGAUCGCGCGUUUUUCCACUCUCGAGGAGCGAUUGUUUUCCUGUUUUCGAGAAGAAUGAAUCAGAGAUUUCCUUCGAUAUUGCUCGUUACGAAACAAAAGAAUACGCGUGAUAUUUGCAAACGAGUCAUUUCAUCGGGUUUUUUUCUUUCUUAUUUCUUUUUUUCUCUUUUAGCCGAUCAAACCAUCCACGCUACGAUUUGUUAACGUUUAUCAACGGAUUGAUUCAAGCUCAACCUCACCGUUAACCCCCUUCUUUUCACGGAUUUUUCGCGAAUGUCUAUCGCGGAAAAGAGAUUCUUCCCGCGAUAUUGAAUAGACUCCGCUCGAGGAGGAACGAUGAAUAAUCUCUCGAGAUGAAUGGGAACGCGAAAUAAUUCUGUUUCAUCCGGUUUCAGAGGUGUCCGAGUGUAGGAUAUAUCCAGGACGAAAUUUCUUCUUUUUUUCUUCUUUCUUUUUUUCCCCCCUUUCUCCACCCUGGCCGGGGGUAGAGUCGUUUCAGCGUGCGGACGUCGAACAAGGCUGGGCAAGGGGUUGUGAAAGGCCGGCCAGGCGAAACCGAGCGUCGUAAUUGAAUUUUUCAGUCGCCUCGAGCCUUCGUAGACGCACGAUUCAUUAGCAGUGUAAACCCCAGGGCUCGAAAUUAGGGCGGGCAUGUAAGGUAAACGAGGGAACGAACGCCCGGCAAAUGGAUUAAAGCGAGCGAGUUCUGAUUCGGCGAACGUGCGCCCGUUCUCACGGGGCCAAGGAGGGAGGCACGAUUAUCACGGACGUGUCCACCUUUCCCUUGGACGAGCCGGGGCCAGAGGUUUUUGAUUAAAAUUUCGAGCUUCGCUCCUCCUUUGGCCGCGCGUGUCUCUCGUCUCUUGUCCCAGGAUCCAGGAACGGAAUGAUGUACGAUCUAAAAUGGCGGAAGUGGUGGAAGAAGCGCGCGAUCGGAAAAUAUGAUCAGGUAACAGAGAGAGAGGAGAGAAAAAGAACACAAAAAAUACAAAAAAAAAAAAAAAAGAAUGGCGAAAAAUCCGUCUUCCUAUCUUCGUGUUUUUCCAGUUUCUCGCUGUUCUCGCGUAUCCGUUACACCGGAUACAUGGUUACACCGAUAACACCGUUGUUUGUGAAGAUUACAUACGUACACGCAAUCAUACAUACAUACAUACUGCAUACCGUGUGACUGUGCAUAGAAUUAUUUAAAAAAGAAAAAAAGAAACAAAACGAAACAAAAAAAAGGAGUAAUAUUAAAAACGUAUAAGAGGAAUAAGUGUUUACAAAAAAGAAAAAAAAGAAAAAACACUCGCGCGCGAUAGCCUGAUAAGCGAACCCGACAAUUUUUGCGUAAGUGAUAAUCUCGUAAGCGUAAUUAUUUACCAAAAAUAGAUAGACCUUUCUGAUUGUGACCCUCGUGGCCAGGAUCUGACUUGAGAUCGAAGCGCGACACGGAAUGAGAAUAUCGUAACGAUAACGGUUGAUCGAGAAAUCGUUUUUCUUUUUUUCUUUCCUCGUCUCUUCGCGGUCUAUACCUUUUUUUCUUUUUUUUUUUUUAAUCACUUUCGUUCCUCAGAAUCGAAAAUCUCUCGAUCGAAUUCUCUCUUCGGCGAUUUAACGCUUUAACGAAUCGAUCGAAUAACUUCGAGGAAUUUCAAUAUUCGGAAAAUUAAACGCGACGAUGGAAAUAUUUUCGUGUAGAAUCGCCGAUUCGUCGAUUUUCGCGAUGGCCGCGAGAAAAAGGAUGGAUACCGGAUUGGGAUUGGUGUAUAUCGGGCGUGGUCCGGGUCACAGUCGUCACAAACGCUCAAAUAAAUCAAGUGUACCGUGUUACCGUGUCACAGAGGCUUAAAGUCUUCCGUGGGGCAUUCCUGACAAAGAAAGACGAUUUUCUCGGGUUGAUCCGCAAACAGAAUGCCGAGCGAAAGGGAAAACCGGGGCGAACGCAUUUAUACAACGCUGUAUUACAUAGAGAAAUUGUCGUCCAAUGGACACACACACACACACACUCAGAUACACAGACACGCACACAGACACACACACCGUCGAUUUAACGUGGGAACGUGAAAGAGGAAUGUUAAACCGUCCAUAAAGAGAAUUUACGUACAAGUACGACGAACAACAGGGAUUUUUCGUUUCCGUUUCGCGAACGGGAAUUUUGUACUUUUCAUCCAGUGAAUGGUUCACUGUAUCGUCCGAUCGAAUAACCCCAUUGUUUCUUUUUUUUCCUUCUUUUUUCCCUUCACCCCCCUCCCCUUCCCUCCUGAUCCCCGAAAUUUCUAUUCCUAUUUUUCUUAUUACAAUUCCUGAACGUUCUAACGACGUUAUUAAUUUCAUCUUCCCCACUCCCGCCUUUCUUUCGUUAUAAGAAAAAAAAGGAAAAGUUUCUUUCUCUCUCGUUUAUUUUCCAUUCGGAAGAAUGGAAUUUUUUCCCCCUUCUUUUUAACAUCAGUUCGACAAUCAUGAUACAACCAUCGAACGAACGCCUCCUCCAUAGUCGUACGCGAAUCCUCAUACCGUAGAAUCUCAUUAUCGAAACAGGGCCGCAUCUCUUUACUACGGGACAAUUUUUCACGUUUUCAUCGAGACGCCUCGUAAGACUCAUAGAAAAAAAAGAAAAAAAAAAAGAAAGAAAGAAAAAAAAAGAAAAUAAGAGAAAAAUGAAAAAAAAGAGAGAGAGAGAAGAGAAGAGGAAGCAGAGAGAACUUUUAGAUUACUGUAGGAACGAUCGCGAUACAAUUGGAGAACAGUCGAGCGACGACAUUUCGCGGAAGGAAUCGCGGGAAACGCGAGGGUGAAACCGAUUGCCACCCUCGCUCGAAAUAAUCGCGAAUUUCCGCCCUCGGGGCGUUCCUCCCCCUCCUCCGUUGGCGCACACUCGCGCGGUUUCACACCUCUUUUCGUGAUAGAUAGAUCAUCGUCGAGAGUUUCGAAGACGAAACGGACAGUGUACUGCCUUCUCGAAUUUACCUCAUUCCUCGUUUUUCCCCUUUCUCUUCCAACGAAAGGAUAAUAACAAAACUCGAUCCGUUCGAAGCGACGAUUCGAAGGGAGCAAAGGAAGCCAGCCCAAAGGAACGGGGUAGGAAAAAUUGGCCGCGGCUUCCCGAAUUGAAAAAUUAUCGCCCUUCCCCUCCCCUUCCCUCUCCCCAGAACAAAGAACCAGUAUACAACAUACAUUCGAACAAAAAACGUUUCCCGCCGUAUUUCCAUUUCUUGGCCCGUUCCAACCGAUUUUUCUUUUCCCCCUCCCCGCAUUCUGCACCUUUUACGAACGAGCACCGUAGAAAGAGGGAAGAAAAAAUAAUAACAAACGUGCAAUUUUACUACGUAAAUCGAUCGUAAUUUUCGAAAAAUCGAAACGAGAUCGCGGCAAGUGACACGCGAUCGCCUCGAAACUCUUGUGCCCCGCAACUCAUCGGGGAGACCCUCCCUCUCCCUCCUUCCCCCUCCCCCCGGUUCCCUUCGAUACUAUAUAUAUAUGAUAUAUAUAUGUAUCAUUGGAUUCGAGGGGCGCAAUAUUUUUCUACCGUGUAAUUUCAUACUUUUUCCAAUCCUCUUCGAUCUCAACAACCUUUUCGCCGGCGACGUGUUGAGGACGUGUACGGGUUCCUCUGUCGAUAUCUUCGUUCGCGCGGCCGCCGUUAAUCGGUCGGUUGGGGGGAAAUCGGUCGAUUUCCGCGGCACGCGCGGAAUUUUCUCAGCCGUCAUCGGGGGACCGCGUUCACGACACACGACACACACACACACACACACAUACGUAAAACAAACACUUGGCAAACGCAUGCACACAUGAAGACAGGGCAGGUAUCGUUCGGAGGCAGCAGCGGAAGGAGAAAGGGGCGAGGGGAGCUUCGAGAGCGCCUCGAUCCCUCCCUCCCCCCCUGUGGCUGCUCAUCGGGAUUAAUCAUCGAAGUCACACGACUUGGUCACGCCGCGAGAUCGAACACGAGAUUCGAUCGUAUCCGAUAUUCGCAGACUCGCGCGACAAGCGCCUCGCGAUGGGCGCGAAAGGAAACGAGCCGCUUUUUCUUUUUUUUUUCUUUUUUUUUCCCUUUUUUCUUUUUGAAAGGACGGUGGCUAUAGGGAUCUCUUCGUGUGUUCGAACGGAUUAAAUCGAAAUCUUUGCUCAACGUUGCAUACGUGUUAUAUAUAUAUACAUAUAUAUAUACAUAUAUAUAUAUAUAAAGUAAAGUAAGAUGAUGUUAUCGUCUAGUGUUGAAACAUAGUGUUAACUAACACGGCCAGGGGGUGGGUCGUUGGUGUUUUUUCGCGGCCACGUCGUUGCCGCAAAUGAUGUUUGAAAUGUUCACGUUGUGUUCACGCGUUCACGUGCGGGGAAUAAAGUGGUCUUUUUUAAAGAAAAGAAAAGAAAAAAGGGGGGAAAGGGUAGGGAAGGAAAGGAAGGGACAAGCGAAGGAGGGAAGAGGAACGCGACAUCAUCGAUGCGCACGAUGUGGGCGGGGAGGGUGGGCCGUGAACCCGUGGGGAGGAGAGGAGAGGUUCAGAAAAAAAGGGGUGGGAGUGUGUAGAUUUAUUAAUGGUAACGAUAGCUAAUAAUGAUAACUAAUAACGAUUUACUAAUAACGACGCUAACGCUGUAAGGAUAAAUGAAGCAUAGUAAUAACGAGUAAUAACGAUAGCACGUAAAAAAAUAAAUAAAUAAAUAAAUAAAUAAAUAAAUAAAAGAUAAAAAAUAAAACGCAGUAAUAAACUACCACUUAAACACAAUAAAAAAAAAAACGAGUUACGGUAACGUUAAACCUAAGAGUAAAAUAAAACGAGAAAAAUAAUAAACGCUAAAGAAUAACAAAGUAUCGAGUAAUUAAUUAAAAAGAAAAAAAGAAAAAAAAAGUACCCUUAAAACAAGUAUAUCGAGCGCUAACUCUACUAUCGACGAUUACGAAAAACGUUAUACGGUAUGUAUUGUUAUCGAGUUCCAAAGAGAAUUGGAAGCGAAGGAAAAAGAGAGAGAGAGAGAAAGAGAGAGAAAAGCGAUAUAAGAGGAUCUAAAGCGGGCAAAAGAAGAAGAAGAAGAAGAAGGCGAACGAUCGUUGUUUGACGAGAGAGAGAAGGAAGACCCGAUGAAACUCGUGUAAAACUGAUAGUAUUGUUAAGACAAUCAGAUACUUAUUGCUCCGGCCAGCUCGAUGGCCAUCCGUGAAUAUUUGUUGUCGAGGUUUAUCCCUCGGAAAAAAAGAAAAAGAAAAAAAAAAUUGGAGGAUGAAGACGAGAAGACGAGCAGGAGAGGGAAACGAGAAAGGGGAAGAAAGGUGUGAGAAGCUGGAAUCGGUCGCGUGUCCCUUCUACAUCGAACGAAGAGAGGGGAGGAAGCGACCCCCAGCAAGAAAUCUUUCCUUGUAGCGAAUAAUGAAAAUGGGAUAAUAUAGGAGAAUAUUUCGAAGAAGAUUGACGGAGACCUUCGACUUUUACCCCUGCAUCCACCUAUUCACCCACCCUCGUCCAAGGGAAAAACCAAAGAAAAUCUCGGAAGGAGGAGAGGGCUCGAUCAGUGGGGAACGGAAAGAGGAAGAGGAGAGACGAAAAGGGAAGGGAAAAGGAGAGAACACGGCACGUGUUCGUCGAGUGUGCCGCGGGACGCUUUUUUCUACGCCUCACAUUUUCUACGGUUUCAAAAAAGAAAAAAGAAAAAAAAAAUAGCACGCAAAACGAACGAUUGUUGUGAAGAACGAAUCAGGGUUUUUUUCAUCAGGAGGGAGGAGGAAGAGAAGAAGGAACGGUGAGCACGUGAGGGGAGGGGGGAAUUGAGACGAUCGUCGAGAAAGAUAUUAACCGAGCUGCGCGUCGGGGAUGUCGAGGAAGGCCAGAAAUGGCGAGCCUCGUCCCCCGUGGGAGGGAGAAGGGGGAGGGGGUGCGGUUUUCGCACGCGAGAGAGCGAGGCAUCGUUGCGAAUACUCAUAGCAAAUAUACUCGAUAUACGAACACGCGAGUUGCACGCGUGCGUACGUUCGAGGAAAGCUUCGUUUCUGACUGACAACGCUUUCGUUUUCAUCGUCGACCGUCACUUGUAAAUAUAGGUUUUUGUAUAAGAACAGAAACGAAAGUGUGAAUCCCACGAAUGAAUUCGAACCAUCUCCUCUCCGAACCACCCCUUUUGCAAAAUAAAACUUUCCUUAGAUCGAUCUUAAGUGAUUCCGAUUUAAAAAGGCGAACUAUGCACGCGUGCAAACACGGAGUAUGCAGACAUAGACAUACAAAUACGUACAUGCACGCAUGCACACACACACACACACGCAUAUAUCGCGACCGAAGGAAGAAAUAUCCUCCCUCGUCGAACGCAUUUUUGCCUCGCCAGCAAGCCGAGGAAACACGAAAAGAAGCGAAAGGAGCGGUGGAAGGGAAAAGGUUUCAGCGAGUCGAUCGAUUUUUCUACCGACCGAUCGAUCGAUUCGAGCUAUCGAGCGAAAUAUCGAGCACCGUUGGUUCUUACGAACCGUCUCUUAAGUUUCUUCUCUAUCCUUCGAAGGUGGAAAAUUCAAAGCCUUUAACCCAGCUUUUAGAGAGCUCUUUCGGUCGCUCUUUCCUUUCUUUUUCUUUUUUUUCUUUUUUUUUUUUUUCUUCUUUUUGCCGUUUCCCAUGAUUCUCGAUGUCGAUCGAGACGGGUCACGGGCGUUCGAAAACGCGUUCGAGAGGGUGGAACGUAACGAAGGAAACACGUACACGCAUAAAACACUUACACGUGAACGUACAUAAUAUAUAUACGCAUAAGAGGAGAAAAAAGAAAGAAAGAGAAGGGGGGAAAAAAAUGGAAGAUGUUAGGUAUAGGAGAGAAACGAGGGAGAUUACGACGUUGAUGUUGACGACAAUGAUCAACGAUAAUGAUGGUGUGUGUUGUCGAUAAGGAGAAUGGAGGACGAAAGAAAUGAAAGAGAGAGAAAGAGAGAGAGAUUGAGAGAGAUUGAGAAAGAUUGAGAGAGAGAGAGAGAGAGAGAGAGAGAGAGAAAGAGAGAAACAUACGAACAUUUUGUUAUAUCCGUACGUAAGAACGUAGAACGAGAAACGUGUGUGUUAUUAAGGAAGUAAACGUAUCGAAUCUACAGUUAAAUGUUUACGAUAAAAUUACGGGUAAUUAAGAAGAUUCUAGAUUUUUUCUAACUAAUCGAUUCGUACGGCGGACUCGUGCCAAUCCUCUAGAUUUACGACCUAAAACGAGAUAUACAAAUGAGAUGAAGCUGUUAUCCUAUAUUAAGUCGGCUUGGAAAUAAGUAUUUGAUUAUACGUAUUUAUCGUGCGACCGGUAUAUGUAUGCCUGGACACACUUGAGUGCCUGACUAGCCGAGCGAACCUAACCUGUUUGCCUGAAAGCGACCGUGUGCGUGAACGGUAGAACGAUGAAACCACAUAGCGGAGAGAUACGCAGAAUAAAACAAAUUGAAUUUGAUAAACAAAAUAAUAAUAAUAAUAUUAAUAAUAAUAAUAAUAAUAAUAUUAAUAAUAAUAAUAAUAAUAAUAAUAAUAUUAAUAAUAAUAAACAAUGUAAGUUAUUAACCUGGUGCGCGUGUACAUGUUGCGAGAGACGACGAGAGGUGUGGACGACGAGGAUUCGAGAGAAAGAGUAAGAAAGGGGUGAAGGGGAGAGAGUGCGACGGCGGCUAGAGCAACGAGUAAAAAAACAAACGUCGUCGAAAGGAGAUUCUCUUUCUGUUACUCGAACUCGUCUCGAGUUAAUUCGGCGAGAAGCGAUCGGGGACUGUCGAUCGCGAGGCUCGGAUCGAUCGAAUCGGGCGAAAUUUUCGCGCGCAUUUUCAUUGGGACCGAAGGGAAACGAAGGCGAGAUCUCGGCCGAUCCCGAGAUCGCGAGAGAAAAGUAUCGAUGUCGUCUCGCGCCUCGACGAGUCUCUGCCCGCUUUCGUCCGUGAUUAUAUAUAAAUAUAAAUGUGUGUAUAUGUAUAUGUACGUAUCGAUCGCGGUAUCGAAUGGAAAUCGAGAGGAAGAUAAUCGAGCGUCCGCUCGAAAUCCGCCGUCGAGAGGAUUUCACGCGCCCGAUGGAACGAGAUCGUCAUCGACGAAUCGCCGAUCGACGCUCGUCCCAAGCGUCGCGUUCGUAAAUCCUGCUUUUUCUCCGAUGGAACGAGUGAAGGGGGAAGUAAGAAUAAAAGAAAAAAAUAAAAAAAAUAAAAAAAAGGAACACGAUUUUAACCCGAUCGAUUUUGGGGAAACACGUUUCGAUCGGGGCGAUAGAUUUAUCCUGGACUCGUUUGAAUUCGUUCGAUGACUAAAAAGGGAAUUUCUCGAAAUUUUAACAAUUUUUAUCGGGUAGAUUUGGAAUCGUCGUUCUAAUCGUACCUCCAACGACUGAUUAUUUUUUCACAAGUUGAUCUCCAAUCCUCUCGAUUGGAAAUUUCGAAACGUGGUUCCGAAACGCUCAAAGGGUAUAAGACGUGUGUGAAAGAGAAGAAGGGAGGAAGAGAAAGAGGAAAGGAAUUUUAAAAUUACCGGGUCUCGGUAAGACGCGAACGUUUUAUACAAUUUUUAAUCGGAAAAGGCCGACGAGAUUUCGGCGAUGCUCGUCGACGUCGCUGCGAGCGCAUUAAUAUGGCGGCUGCUCGAACAGCUGAUUGGGAAAUAGAAACGUUGUUUGUCACGAUCGGUUCGAUCGGUCGUCGCUGCGUGGCGACAGAACGUUUAGCAGAUUUAUAUCGUUGCGACGAGACGGUAUAAUGAUAUACAUAUGUACAUAUACGCGCGAAAUAUGGGAGAAUAUUAGAAUGGGGAGAAGGAGUUGGAGAGAGAGGAUAAUCGAUAAUGUCGAAGGAAAUGUUUGGCGCGAAUCAAGCGUGUCGUUUGUUGCGAUUUAACCAUUGUACCGUUCACACAGAUUCCUUCGUCACGAUUGAUAUUAUCAUCACUAUAUUGUACUUACCAUUAUUGUUAUAUGCGACUGUUACGAUUAUUUAUUAUGGCUGAUCAUCGUUACGAUUCGCUUUCGCGUCACGACGAGAAGCGGCGAUAUCGACGCUCGAACGAACGCAAGAGUGGAAAAUGGAAUAAUGGGAAAAUUAAUCAGGGUGAAUAAGCGUCGAAUUGAAAGGAAGCGACGAUCCGACGGAGAACGAAUGAAAAAAAAAAUUUGUUUUAAAUAAACAACAACGAAUCACCGAGAA